ACCAUGCCGCGCUCCUUCCUGGUGAAAACGCACUCCAGCCACAGGGUUCCCAACUACAGGCAGCUGGAGACGCAGAGAGAGAUCAAUGGUGCCUGUUCUGCCUGCAGGGGGCUGGUGGUGCCCCUCCUCCUCCCAGAUAAAGCAGCCUCGUCCACACCUGGUGACCCUCCCUGGCCCUGGGACUGCACCUCUGUCAUGGCCCGCAUCUCGCUGCCCCUUCCCCACCGCGAGGAAGCGUGGGGGGCCUCCGGGCCAGAACCCCUGCAGGUCGGCCCCGUGCACCCUUGGGCCGGCUGGGCCCCCAGCGUGCCCCUCAAAGACAGCCUGAACCAGCUCAACCUGCCCCCGCGGCUGCUGCUGGCCACACGGUGGCCCCCGAUCCCGGGCCCCGCCGGGGACCAGGCCGCAGACAGACUGCCGGGGGGCGCGGCGCGGGCCCCCCGCGGCCCCGGCGGCUUCCAGUGCCCGCACUGCCGCAAGCCCUACCACACGCUGGCCGGGCUGGCCAGGCACCGCGAGCUGCACUGCUGGCUACGGACGCCCCGCUGCUUCCCCUGCAAACACUGCGACAAGGAGUACAGCAGCCUGGGCGCCCUCAAGAUGCACAUCCGCACGCACACACUGCCCUGCCCCUGCGCCAUCUGCGGCAAGGCCUUCUCCAGGCCCUGGCUGCUCCGCGGCCACAUCCGCACCCACACAGGUGAGAAGCCCUACACCUGCUCUCACUGCAGCAGGGCCUUCGCCGACCGCUCCAAUCUCCGGGCCCACCUGCAAACACACUCCGACACCAAGAAGUACCAGUGUAAGAGCUGUGCCAAGACCUUCUCCCGCAUGUCGCUCCUGGCACGCCACGAGGAGUCCGCCUGCUGCCCCGGCCCCUGAGGAGCGCGGGCUCGGUGCAGGGAGGAGGGACAGGACGUCACCCCAGGAGCUGGGGGCUGACCCGCUCCAGGCAGCCUAUGCUGCCUACGCUCGCCCGCUGGGUGUUUCUCCUCUGCCCGUCUGCAGCCGCCCGCCUCCGUCCAGAGCCAGAGAAGCCCGGUGGGCUGUUCGGGUAAGUGACCGAAGAAGGUCACCGAACCGUGAACCACAGUCCUGUGUCUGACUCGCUCUGGUUUCUGGUUCUGUUCUCCCAGAGUCGGCUACCAGCACGGACAGCUCCUGCCAUUCAGCUGGCCCUCGCGGGCAGAGCGGCCUCGUGGCUCACC